AUGUCGAACAAAGUUGAGAAAUUCCGUAAGGAAGGAAAUGAUUUCUUCACAGCCGGAAAGUACUUUGCUGCUUAUGAUUCAUACAAGAAAGCUAUUGAAGAGUGUAAAAACGGCGAUAACACAACGCUUUCAAUAAUUUAUUCAAGCUUGUCAGCAGCAGCUUUAUUACUUGAGCGCAACUCUGAAGCUAUUGACACAGCUACGAAAUCAAUUGAGCUUGAUAAUAAAAACUCACGUGCGUACUUUAGAAGAGGAAACGCUUAUGCAACUAAUCUUGCAUGGGAAGAAGCUUACGAGGAUUAUUUGCAAGCAUCUAAGCUAGCACCAGCAACAAAAUACUUCAAAGACAGAGCAGACUUUGUUAAAACAAAAUUAAAUUCACCUCCUGAUUUAAUGGCAAAUGCUGGCCGAACACAAAUACCGAAACAAGAAGAUUUACCACAAGUCAUACCAUCUCCAAAACCAAAACCGGAAAUUUUACCAGCAAAACCACAAACAGCUAAAGAUUCAUCCGAAUUUUCACCAGAUUCGAUCAAAGCCAUGAUGAAAAAUAUGUUAAACGAUCAAAGGCCACCAGAGCAGACAGUUUUGUCAAUGAUUCGAAGAGUAAGAGAUUUAUAUUUUUCAUUACCAAACGUUGUCAACAUUACAGUACCAAAAAUACACGUUGUUGGUGAUACUCAUGGUCAAUUACAAGACGUUAUCAACAUUUUCGAAACACAUGGCUAUCCAAGUUCCGAAAAUCCAUAUUUAUUCAAUGGCGACUUCGUCGAUCGCGGUUCUCAAGGCUCAGAAAUCGUUAUUUCUCUCAUGGCAUGGAAGCUCUACGACAAUAAUUGCAUGUUCAUGAAUCGUGGCAAUCAUGAAACAGAUGCAAUGAACCAAUUGUACGGAUUCUAUAAUGAAUGCGAUGCCAAAUUCUCUAAAUCCAUAUUCUCCGAGUUUUCAAGGCUUUUCUGCGCGUUACCAAUUGCUCAUAUCAUUAACAAUAAAGUUAUUGUACUUCAUGGUGGUUUACCAAGUAGAACUAAUGAUAUUAACGUAAUUAAUCGCGAAAACAGAAACUGCCAGCCACCAGAUAACUCAAUUAUUGCAGAAAUUCUCUGGGCCGAUCCAAUGGAAGGCCGUGGCUUAGCUCCUUCCCCAAGAGGAGUUGCAAGACAGUUCGGUUCGGAUAUUACAGAGCAAUUCUUGCGCCAGAACAACUUAGAACUUCUUAUCAGAUCUCAUCAAGUCCAGGAGAACGGUUAUUGCGUAAUGCACUCCGGUAAAUGCAUUACUGUAUUUUCAGCACCAAAUUAUGUCGGAAAUAUGGGCAACAAAGGCGCAAUUGUUGAUAUUAAAUUUGAUGGCAAUGGAAAUAUUGCUUCUCGCGAGUUUAAGACCUUCACUGCUAAGCCAAUCCCAGAGAAAUACAAACCAAUGAAGUAUGCCGCAUUUUCAUUCUAUUGA